AUGGACCCAACUGGUGAGAGCUGUGGUGGCGGCGGCAGUGAUAGGCACCUCGACCUCGACCUCAACCUCUCCCUGCGGUCUUCGUUGGAGCAGGAGCUGGAGCUGGAGCUGGAGCCGUUGGGCUACUUCUCCUGCUCCUACUGCACCAAGAAGUUCCACACCUCGCAGGCGCUCGGAGGCCACCAGAAUGCCCACAGGUUGGAGCGCAGCAUUGCCAAGCGCAGCCGCGAGCUGGCUGCAGCACGUAGGCACGCUUGCCUGGCUGGCGGCGACAACAGUGGCGGUGGGUUUGAAGAGGAGAUGAGGAGGGGGAAGGAACCGCGCAUUUCAGUGCUACCGGUCUUGGCUCCAAGCUCCUUGCACAUGAUCAGGGCAUGGCCAGAAGCUGGAGAGGACCUUCUUGCCGACAAGAUUGAUCUCUCCCUUAAGCUAUGA